GGGCCAACAUUGCAUUUGAUAGAUUGUCAGUUUAUUUCUUUUUGACGUUGUUCGAUAAUUCUUAAUUUCUCUGUUAUCAUUUUAACAAUUUAAGGUCUAUGAAGUUAUGAGUAAGGAAAAAGGAAAUACAAAAUGGCUUUAAAAAAAGUUAAGGGUAACUUCGAAAGAAUGUUUGAUAAAAAUCUAACUGACUUAGUUCGUGGGAUCAGAAAUAACAAAGAUAAUGAGGCAAAAUAUAUAGCGCAAUGUAUGGAAGAAAUAAAAGUAGAGUUGCGACAAGACAACAUCGGAGUGAAAGCUAAUGCUGUCGCAAAACUAACAUAUCUCCAAAUGUUAGGAUAUGAUAUAUCAUGGGCAAUAUUUAAUAUAAUAGAAGUGAUGAGUUCAAACAAAUUUACUUAUAAACGUAUAGGUUACUUAGCUGCUAGUCAAUCAUUUCACGCUGAUUCGGAAUUGCUCAUGCUUACCACUAAUAUGAUAAGAAAAGAUCUAAAUGCUCAAAAUCAGUAUGAAGCUGGGCUAGCACUCAGCGGGCUAAGUUGUUUCAUAUCCCAUGACUUAGCGAGAGAUCUUGCCAAUGACAUCAUGACACUGAUGAGCUCAACAAAGCCUUACCUCAGAAUGAAAGCUGUACUAAUGAUGUACAAGGUUUUCUUAAGAUAUCCUGAAGCCUUAAGACCAGCAUUCCCUAAGCUAAAAGAAAAAUUAGAAGACCCUGAUCCUGGUGUACAGUCAGCAGCGGUCAAUGUCGUUUGUGAAUUAGCCAGGAAAAAUCCCAAGAACUAUUUGUCCUUAGCUCCUGUAUUCUUCAAAUUAAUGACUACAUCUACUAAUAAUUGGAUGUUAAUUAAAAUCAUAAAACUGUUUGGUGCCUUAACCCCAUUAGAGCCCCGACUUGGCAAGAAACUGAUAGAACCAUUAACUAAUUUAAUACAUAGCACAACGGCUAUGUCCCUGUUGUACGAGUGCAUCAACACAGUGAUAGCAGUGCUUAUCAGCAUCAGCAGCGGCAUGCCUGGUCCCGCAGCUUCUGUGCAGCUCUGUGUGCAGAAACUGAGGAUACUUAUCGAGGACAGCGAUCAGAACUUAAAAUACCUGGGCUUGCUGGCGAUGUCGAGAAUUCUCAAAUCUCAUCCGAAAUCUGUGCAAGCUCAUAAAGAUUUAGUGCUGGCGUGUUUGGACGACAAGGAUGAAUCCAUUAGACUCAGAGCGUUGGGUCUUCUAUAUGGAAUGGUAUCGAAGAAGAAUCUCAUGGAGAUAGUGAAGAAGCUGAUGGUGCACAUGGAGCGCGCGGAGGGCACGCUGUACCGCGACGAGCUGCUCACGCGCAUGAUCGAGAUCUGCGCGCAGAACAACUACCAGCACGUGGUCGACUUCGAGUGGUACGUCACCGUGCUCGCCGAGCUCACCGAGAUGGAGACCAGCGCCAAGCACGGCUGCAUGCUGGCGGCGCAGCUGACGGAGGUGGGCGCGCGCGUGGCGCAGACGCGGCCGUUCGCGGCGCGCGAGUGCGCGGCGCUGUGCGCGCGCGCCGCCGCCGCGCCGCCGCGCGCCGCCUCGCGCGAGGUGCUGUACGCCGCCGCCUUCGUGCUCAGCGAGUACUGCGCCGAGGAGGACGUGAUGCGCGAGUCGCUCCCGGCGCUGGCGCUGGCGGCGGGCGCGGACGCGGGCGGCGCGGCCAUGCGCGCGCGCGCCGUGUGCGUGCACGCCGCGCUCAAGCUGGCGGCGCGGCUGCUGCGCGCGGCCGAGCGCAGGCGCGACCGCCGCGCCGUCGUCGCCGUUUUGCACGAGAUCCUGGCAGGCAUGCGGCCCCUCCUCAGCAGCGAGGACAUGGAGGUGCAGGAGCGUGCGCACAACACCACGGCGCUCAUGUCCAUCGUACUGCAUCGUCUGGAACCCACCGACCCCGCUCUGCCGUCCGACCUGCCCGACCUGUCUGACUUGCCCGACCUAGCGCUAGUCGACCACCUGCAGAGUAACGGAUUGGAAGACAAUGAAAAUGACGAAAUCAACGGAGAGGAAUCUACCAAAAGUUUAAGUGGAGGUCUUAUUGAAGAGCUUGCUAAUCUCUUCGAAGGAGAACUGAAACCGGUAGCACCAAAAGCACAGAAAAAAGUACCAAUGCCUGCUGACUUGGACCUGGCCCGCUGGCUGAGCCGGCCGCGCAGCUCGUCGGCCAGCUCCAGCUCGUCGCGCUCGUCGGGCGAGGCGGGCGAGCCAGGCGCGGCGCUGUUCGCGGCGCCGCGCGACGAGCCGCGCGCCGCGCCGCUGUCCGCCGCCGAGCUGGACGCGGUCCGCGAGGCGCGCCGCCAGGAGCAAGCCAACAACCCGCACUACCUGAAGGACGACUCGCCGCGCUCCUACCAGCAGGACGACGUGCCCAUCGCGGAGAUUGCGUUGGAAGUGCCGCUGCAAGUGCACACUAAACGAUCUGAUAAGUACUUAAUUUCAAGAGAAAAUUCAAAGAAGUCCAAGAAAGAGAAACGGCCAACUAAGAAACGAAAGAAUAAGGUUGAGAGACAUUCGUCAGAGUCUGAUAGUGAUGGUAAAUGGCGCAGCGCGGGCGCGCGGCCGGCGGUGGCUGCGGGCGGCGAGCUGCCGGACGGCGCCGCGCCCUCCGACGACGAGCCGCCGCCGCGCGACGACCCGCACCGCGCGCUCGACCUCGACCUCGACCUACCGUUACGCGAAGAAGAGUUGUUAACAUCUAGAAUACAACAGUAUCCAUUACCGGAAACUGGUUUAUUGAAUCAGAAAAAGGAAUCGAAGAAAACUAAAUCGUCAGAAAAAAGACCAGAAAAAACUACUCAUAAGAAGAAAGUUAAAAAAUCUAAACACAAUAAGAAAGUAGAUUUAAUGUUACCUGAACUCGCGAAUGAUGUAAGAGAUAAUUUACUGAUAGAAACCGGAGAUAACAGUGACUCUAAGAACGACCUUGCAACCGCCGACGACGCCUUUAAUAAGAAACAACCGGAGACCAUUAAAACUGAAAAGCAAAAGAAGUCGAAAAAAGAUGCGAAAGACAAGGAUUCGAAGAUAAAGAAAUCCUCCAAAAAAGAUAAACACGAAACAAAGAUUGGAUAUGAAGAAGCUUUAGGUAUUUCCACACCCAGCAAAGAAGUUAUAUAGUGAAUGGCAUAAAAAAGUUUUAAACAUAUUUCAGGAUUCUUGUCACACACUCAGUGCAAUUCUUUAUUUGAAAAAUUUGUUAUAAUAUUAUAGUUAGUUUCAUAUAUAAAUAUAUUAUAGGCAAUGUUUUCAUUCAUCUUAAAAUGAAACGUGUCCAUUUAAAUAAACGUAUAUUUCUAUUGAUGUAGACUAAUAAAUAUAUAUAAUCA